UGUCAGCCUAAGCAGCAACUCAGAAAUAACUAGAAAUAACCACUUUCACUUCUUCAUUCUUCUGCGAGGAGGAGGAAGAGAAACCAACGACAACAAGUCAUAUACAUUUUUAUUUUAGUUCCUUCUCAUUUUUCUGACAUAUGCUUCUUACUUACUUAGUUAAUAUUCGUUUUGCAAUUUAAAUCCAGUAAGAGGCGCUGGUUAGCCGUUCCGCUCAGACCAAACCUCCCCUCCAUUUAUCCCACUUUCCACCUCAGUGUUAGCUUGCUAGCUAACUUAGUCUCCCUCUUCAUCCGUACGCCAACAUGCCGGAGUACCUGGACGACCCGUCUGUUCUCACCAAGGACAAGCUGAAGAGCGAGCUGCUGGCCCAUAACGUAGAACUUCCGAGCGGCAACCCGAACAAGGACGUGUAUGUGCAGCUUUAUCUGAAGAACCUAACCGCUUACAACAAGAAACAUGUCACGGCCACAACUCUGGACGCCUUUUCCAGCGAUGAGGAGCUGCCGCCGCCCUUACUCUCCAGCAGAAGUCGCUCCUCCGGCAGAAAAGCCACAAGGAAAACAGACAAGGUUCAUCCAGACGAGUUGGAUGUCACCAUGCUGACCGAUGCAGGCCUGAAGGAUGAGCUGCUCAAGCACGGAGUGGACGCGGGGCCGAUUGUCGCAUCCACCCGUAAAGUAUAUGAGAAGAAACUGCAAAGGCUGCUGGAUGAGGGUCCUACACAGCUGUUGCUGCCAAAGCUGGUUCUCACAGAGAUACAAGUCAACCACAACGGCAACUCUGAAACAGACCUGUACAGUGACAAGGAGGAUGAAGUGACACCAGAACCUGUUGCCGAACCUGAACCAGUUCCAGUGGUGGAGAGACCGGUGAGGAGCAGAGGGAAGACGCCUGUCACCACCCGCACCCGCAGCAGUCAGCACCACACGAUAGUAGCUGAGGAUCUCAGGCCUGUAUUGACAGAUCAGGUCCAGUUGAAGUCUAACAAGAGGGUUCACCACAGACUGGACAGUCCAGCUCGGGCUGAACCUCCCUCCACCUCGUCUAGACCUUCUCAGGUGGAGAAGAUUGCAGCCGGCGACCAAGCCCAUAAAGUGGAGGAGAAUCACGUUCUAAAGGAGCUCUUCCCCAAUGACAUCAGUAGUCCAACAGGAAUCACCGCCACCUGUCGACGACCAAUUAGAGGAGCCGCCGGUCGCCCAGUGAAGUCUAGUGAUCUGUGGAAUGAUGAAAACUGCCUCUUCUCUCCAAAAACCACCAAGACAAGCAACUCUUCCUCCUCCUACACAGAGAGCUGCACUGUGAACAGAGUCAGCAUCCUGCCCCCCUCCUUUACCUCCAGCUUCUCCUCCAGGCCUCUGUCAGCAGCACCCCCUGCAGGUCCGACCAAGGCAGCGCCCCGCAGCGUUUCUCUGUGGAUAAGGCUGUUCCUGCUGGCCAUCGUGGCUCUUUUCCUGUUCUUGGUUUACCAAGCCAUGGAGACCAACGGCAUCAACCCUUUUGAAAACCAAGACACAGUGACCAGUGACAGCGCAGUGUAGAUAGCACAGGAAAGGCCUGAGGGGGAAAUAAAAAUCAACCUACUUCUAUUUUUUUCAAGUGGGAAUCUGCAUUGUAGCCAUUUUAUCCAUGACCACUGUGAAAUUACCUGAUAUCUUUGCCCUUUUUUCCUCAAGAUUUUUUCUUUUUUAUUUCUAAAUCAAUUUACAGUGAAUCUCUUAAGAGAAGCGACGUAGCCCUUUCAUUGACACUUCAAGGAUCUCCCUAUCAUGUUGUGAAAAGACAGUACCUCCUGUGCUGUUGUGCUGUUUUGUCGAUUCUUGAUCUUUGACUAAUAGUCAGUGAGGUUAUGACAAAGCCAGCCACACUCAGUAGCUUUUUUAGAAAUAUGUGACCUUGCCUUUUAUCUGUGUGUGUGUGUGUGUGUGUGUGUGUGUGUGUGUGUGUGUGUGUGUGUGUGUGUGUGUGUGUGUGUGUGUGUGUGUGUGUGUGUGUGUGUGUGUGUGUGUGUGUGUGUGUGUGUGUGUGUGUGUGUGUGUGUGUGUGUUUCUUUUGACGCUUUGCCUUACUGUCUGACUCUGUUGAUCAUUAACAGUCUUGAAGAUGGGGCUAGAAUCUGUAUUUUGUUUUGAACCUUACUUAACUAUCUUUGUUAAUGAGAGAGGGAGGCUUAAUAUCCAAAUACUUCUAAAUCUUCUGAAAUGCUACACCAAUAUUUUCUUAAUGUUCUCGUGUAAUAAAUUGAAUGUCCCUGUUUAUUCUUCUUAAUUAUGUAUUCACUGUCACAAAUAUUGAAAAUCCACUCAAUAAACUAACAUGUUACUUU